AUGACUUUGCUGUGGAUUGGAAACCUGGUUAUCCAUAUCACAGAUGUAAACUACGAAUACAUUGUCGACCAGCAGCCGAUCGGCAAGCUGCUGUUCCGACAGUUUUGCGAACGGAAUCGCCCUCACUACCACAAGUACAACAGUUUCCUAGAUGCACGUAAUAUAAACCUCCAGGCGGAGAGGUCGGAAGUGGAGGUGGAUGAAGUGAGGGUGGCGCUCACGGCGGAGGUGUUUGGCAGAUACCUUAAAACAGAAGACAAAGAUGCUGUCACCGACGUCGUUCCUGCCAAUGUUAUCGACGACGCCAGUGCACUUCUUCUAGAAGGUGGCGCUCGGGAUAUUUUUGGCGAGUGCAUACGAUGCGUGAAAAACUUUCUCGCUGGCACUCCAUUCGCGGAGUUUGAGAGGUCUAUGUACUUUCAUCGGUAUUUACAAUGGAAAUGGCUAGAAGCACAACCUAUUACGCAAAAUACCUUCCGCAUGUACCGAGUUUUGGGCAAAGGCGGUUUUGGGGAGGUUUGCGCUUGUCAAGUUCGAGCUACGGGUAAAAUGUACGCAUGCAAGAAGCUAGAGAAGAAACGUAUAAAGAAGAGAAAGGGAGAGGCGAUGGUGCUGAUAGAGAAGCAGAUACUCCAGCGUAUUAAUUCACGCUUUGUCGUCAACCUUGCGUAUGCUUAUGAGACUAAGGACGCCCUUUGUCUGGUGCUGACUAUUAUGAAUGGCGGCGAUCUAAAAUUCCACAUCUACAAUAUGUGCGCGGGCGCAGAGACCGGCCUGGGUUUGGAACGUGCGCGUUUCUAUGCAGCACAAGUCGCCUGUGGUCUGGAACACCUGCACAAGAUGGCUAUUGUAUAUCGAGACUGUAAGCCGGAGAACAUAUUGUUGGAUGAUGCGGGUCACGUGCGUAUCUCGGAUUUGGGUCUGGCCGUGGAUGUCCCCGAAGGGGGCAGUGUCAGAGGCCGGGUUGGUACUGUGGGGUAUAUGGCACCUGAGGUGAUAGAUAACGAGCGAUAUACAUACAGUCCGGACUGGUUUUCGUUCGGAUGCCUGGUGUAUGAAAUGAUUGAGGGUAGAGCGCCAUUCCGCGCUAGGAAAGAGAAAGUCAAGAGGGAAGAAGUGGAUCGGAGAGUUAAGCAUGAGCCAGAGAAGUAUUCAAGCAAAUUCAGUGAUUGCGCACGCUCAUUAUGCAGUGCAUUAUUGGCAAAGACUCCGGCGAGUAGACUUGGCAGUAACGCUGGCAAGCGAGGGGCGGGUCAGGUCAAAGCUCAUCGCUUCUUUGUCAGACUCAACUGGGCGAGACUCGAGGCUGGAAUGGUCGAUGCGCCUUUUGUGCCUGAUCCACACGCCGUAUACGCAAAGGACGUUCUUGACAUAGAACAGUUUUCAACAGUGAAGGGCGUGAACUUAGACGCGGGUGACGACACUUUCUACGGGAAAUUUAGCACGGGCUCCGUCUCCAUUCCUUGGCAGACCGAAAUGUUAGAGACCGGCUGUUUUACGGAGUUAAAUGUGUUUUCUUCAGAUGACACUGGAACAGAAUGUCGCAGCUCUGAUCUACAACUAGAAGCUACACUCGAGACUGUACAAGACGAUAAAGGAUGCUUUGUGUUCGCUAGAAAGGUGUUAUGCCCCAAGAAAAAAGUCCCUCAACGCUUGAGGCCUGUGCCCAUCCCCGAACAUUUGCUGCAACCUUCGUCUCCACCUCCCCAAAGCUGA